UGGCUGCCGGCGAAUGAGAGAAAGGUGAGAGAAGGGGUGGCCGCCGGCGAAUGUGGGUAUUAUGUUGAUCUUGGGCCAAUUAUCAGGCCCAUCUGGCUCCGAAACGUAGUUCUCCCAAAAUAACAGAAGAAAAUUAAAAAGAGUGAGAAAAACCGUGGAUGAGAAGUUAAUAGAGAGAGAAGAGGCUCCUGGUGUUCAAAACGUAGAGAAGACGCGAAGAAGAGACCCGUCUCUCAGUCACCAUUGUUUCAGAGGGUUAGGGUUUCUUCUUCAAAGCUUUGAGAGAUAGCUUGGCAGUAUCUUCGAUGGCGGAGAUGACAGAAUUGAGAGUGUACAACACCAUGACUCAGCAGAAGGAGAUCUUGAAGCCCGUUGUUGAUGGCAAAGUCUCCAUGUACGUCUGUGGUGUCACUGCAUACGACCUCAGCCAUCUUGGCCAUGCCCGCGCUGCCGUCUCCUUUGACAUCCUCUACCGAUAUCUACAACACUUGGGCUAUGAAGUUACUUAUGUGCGAAAUUUUACGGAUGUUGAUGACAAGAUUAUCCGGAGGGCAAAUGAGCUUGGAGAGAAUCCAUUGACUCUGAGUAGCUGCUUUUGCCAGGAAUAUCUUGAUGACAUGACUGAUCUCCACUGCCUCAGUCCUACCCAUCAGCCACGUGUUUCUGAUCACAUGGACCAGAUCAAGGAUAUGAUAACUCAGAUUAUCAACAAUGAUUGUGCAUACACAAUUGAUGGGGAUGUGUACUUUGCUGUUGAUAAAUCCCCAAAUUAUGGCAGAUUAUCUGGGCGGAAGCUGGAAGAUAACAGAGCUGGUGAACGUGUUGCUGUUGAUUCAAGAAAGCGAAAUCCAGCUGACUUCGCAUUGUGGAAGGCUGCAAAGCCUGGUGAGCCAAGUUGGGACAGCCCAUGGGGUCCUGGAAGACCAGGAUGGCACAUAGAGUGCAGUGCAAUGAGUGCACAUUAUUUGACCUUCAAAUUUGAUAUUCAUGGUGGUGGAAUAGAUUUGAUAUUUCCACAUCAUGAAAAUGAAAUUGCCCAGAGUUGUGCAGCUUGCCAAGAAAGCAAUGUUAGUUACUGGAUGCAUAAUGGGCAUGUCACUAACAACAAUGAGAAAAUGUCAAAGUCAUUGGGGAAUUUUUUCACAAUCCGGCAGAUUACUGAUCUGUACCAUCCACUGGCAUUGAGAUACUUCUUGCUGGGUACGCACUAUCGAUCUCCUGUCAAUUACUCAAUUGCACAGCUGGAAAUUGCAUCAGACGCUGUAUUCUAUAUAUAUCAGACAUUGCGAGAUUGUGAGGAUACUUUGUCUCUAUUUCAAGAAGUAAAUGGGCGAAAUGUUUGCAUUACUCCUGCUGCCCGAGACUGCAUCAGGACACUACAGACUGAUUUCCAGACAAAGAUGUCUGAUGAUUUGUCCACUCCACAUAUAUUGAAUGCUUCUCUUCAAGAAGCCUUGAGGUUCAUAAAUAGUUGUUUAAACAUGCUCAAGAAGAAGCAACAGAAGCAACAGCAAUUAUCAGCAGUUGAGUCCCUCACCGAAUUAGGAAAAGAAGUGAAGGGAGUUCUCAGUGUUCUGGGAUUGCUGUCCACUUUGGCUUAUUCUGAGGUUUUGCAGCAGCUGAAAGGUAAGGCAUUAAAGAGAGCUGGGAUGAUUGAAGAUGAUGUUUUGCAUCUCAUUGAAGAAAGAGCACUAGCAAGGAAAAACAAGGAUUUCUCAAAGGGUGAUCAGAUCAGAGCUGACUUGGCUUCCAAGGGCAUUGCUCUUAUGGAUGUGGGCAAGGAAACAAUUUGGAGGCCGUGUGUCCCAGUCCAACAAGAACCGCAGGCACCAGCCUCGUCAACUUAAUGGUGGGCAACCUUAUUCCACCUGACUAAUGCUUUUGAGAAUUUUUGGUUAUGAUUCUUAAAUUUAUUGCUCAUAAAUAUAAAGCUCGUACAAGUGUUUCAUUUAUAUGCUAAUCUAUGUUGUAACUUUCCUCGACUUUCACUUGUUUACGACCCCACUGAGGCGGUCUCGAACUUCAGAAUUUAUUGUUCAAAAAAAUAUAAUUUUUGUUUUUUUAGACUUUCAUCA